CCUUCUUAGUCGUAGAGCCAGUGCGUACACGAAAUUUGAUCGUCUGCUACGGUUUAUCAAUACCAACAAUUGUUAUGUUUCGCAUGAUCUAAGACGAAAGCGGUCAGCUCUUUAAAGAGAUGCGCCUUUCACACAUUCUUUUGACUGCAUCAAAGUUGCCGAAAGACUAUGCAAACCUACCAAAAAGUUAUGUGAAAAGGGCUAUGGCACAGGUGGAAUGGCGCACCCCGAAUGGACGCCAGUUCAGGAGAGCGGUGGUUCAAAAACCAUGGUGGGCUUUUCGAUACACGAUGAAUCGACCGUGGACAAAUGAGUUCAUGACUGAUAAUCCACCUGGCGUAGCUGCCCGGCCCAUCCCCGUUCAAGUGAUGAAACGCACAUUUUUCCGAGGAGACCGAGUAGAAGUGAUGGUCGGUGAUGAUAAGGGCAAGCAGGGCACGGUCAAUUAUAUUGUGCCUGAGCGCAACUGGGUGACGGUUGAAGGUUUAAACACAGAAUUGAAAGAGGAGCCUCGAGGGAUGGGUAAAGUACAGUACAGAAGAGAGGAGUUACCCCUUCUUAUGGGAACCCAGGUUAAACUGGUAGAUCCUGUCGAUGAGAAAGCUACAGAUGUGGAAUGGAGGUACACGGAAUCCGGUGAGAGAGUGCGAGUUUCCGUACGAACGGGUCGCAUUAUUCCCAUUCCGUUAACAGCAUACGAGACUAUAGACUACAAAAGCAGGGCUACCUACGUGGACAAGGCAAAGGACACAUCCGCUACUGAACUAGAAAAAAUUACAUUUGUUCCGAAGUUAGCUACGUUCGAGAUGGACAUCAUGGAACAGCAUGGCAUCCAGGAUGACCGUGUACCACACCGAACUUUCUGGUAUUAGAAUCAUAAAGAAAAAAAUAUGUAUGUUCUUAUGACCUAACUAUAGCAACUUCUAAACAAUCGUGAAACCAUAAGUUUUGUCUACCAGAAAGUAUUUUCUUAAAAUAAAU